GCGCGACCCACGCGGGGCGGCGGAGCAGCAUGGGCCGGCCCGGCGGAGCUGGGGCCGCAGCGGCCUCCAUGGACGCCGUGCGCAGCUUCGAGCGGUGGAAGAAGAAAUACACGCGGCGGACGAAGAGGCUGCGGCUGCAGCGCAAGGAGAGGAAGCGGCCCGAGUGGCAGGUGGAGCGGGAGAACAUCGGCCGCCUGGUGCAGCGCUACCCCGAGAUAAAUGCAAGUGAAAUCCAAAGAUUUUCAGAUUUUCCGUUGUCAAAGAAAACCCUUAAAGGACUGCAGGAAGCUCAGUAUCGUGUGGUAACAGAGAUACAGAGGCAAACCAUAGGUUUGGCUUUACAAGGGAAAGAUGUACUUGGAGCUGCAAAGACUGGGUCGGGCAAAACAUUGGCUUUUAUUGUUCCAGCUUUGGAACUCCUCUAUCGCCAGCAGUGGACUUCAGCUGAUGGCCUGGGGGUUUUGAUAAUAUCACCUACCCGGGAACUGGCGUAUCAAACCUUCAAGGUUCUGCGUAAAGUGGGGAAGAAUCAUGAGUUCUCAGCUGGCCUCAUUAUUGGAGGAAAGGAUCUGAAAGAAGAGUCAGAAAGAAUUCACCACAUAAAUAUGCUAAUUUGCACUCCAGGACGGCUCUUACAACACAUGGAUGAAACUUCCUAUUUUUAUGCUUCUGAUCUGCAAAUGUUGAUUCUUGAUGAAGCUGACAGAAUUCUAGACAUGGGAUUUGCUGAUACAAUGAAUGCAAUCAUAGAAAAUCUACCUAAGAAACGGCAGACCUUGCUUUUUUCUGCAACACAAACGAAAUCUGUGAAGGAUCUUGCACGACUGAGUCUGAAAGAUCCGGAAUAUGUUUGGGUUCAUGAGAAAGCCAAAUUCAGUACCCCAGCAACUUUGGAUCAGAACUAUGUUGUCUGUGAGCUUCAACAAAAAGUAAACAUGUUAUACUCUUUCCUGAGAACUCAUUUGAAAAAGAAGAGCAUUGUGUUUUUUGCAAGCUGUAAAGAGGUUCAGUAUCUGUUCAGAGUGUUCUGUAAGCUUCAGCCUGGUCUUCCUGUCCUGGCACUCCAUGGCAAGCAGCAGCAGAUGAAGAGAAUGGAAGUCUACACUUGUUUUGUUCGGAAAAAGGCAGCAGUGCUUUUCGCUACAGAUAUCGCAGCUCGUGGCCUGGAUUUUCCAGCAGUGAAUUGGGUCAUUCAGUUUGAUUGUCCAGAAGAUGCAAACACAUACAUCCACAGAGUGGGAAGAACAGCCAGGUACAAAGAAGGUGGUGAAGCUUUGUUAGUAUUGCUUCCUUCAGAAGAAAAAGGCAUGGUGGAACAGUUGACACAGAGGAAAGUACCUAUCAGUGAAAUCAAAAUUAAUCCAGAAAAACUUACAGACAUCCAAAAGAGGAUGCAAGCAUUCUUAGCUCAAGAUCAGGAGUUAAAAGAGAAAGCUCAAAGGUGUUUUGUAUCCUACUUGCGUUCAGUUUACUUAAUGAAGAACAAGGAAGUAUUCGAUGUUUUCAAAUUGCCUCUAGCAGAGUACGCCCUAUCACUUGGUCUUGCAAUGGCACCUCGUGUGAGAUUCCUUCAGAGAGUUCGGAAGCAACUGUGUGCGAAUGAGGCAGCCAGUGGGACAGACCACUUGGAGGAGACAGAGCAAAACGAGAAUACCCUCACCUUGGUAAACGAGGAAACAGUGGAGAAAUGCGGAACUAAUUUCAAUGCAAAAACAUCUGUUAACAAAACAAAGGAAAAGCAGAGAAGAAAAGAAACUGAGGAAAGAAGAAAAGAAACUGAGGAAUGUUCCACUUCCAGUGGAAGCGCUGAGGAGAGUGGUGAGUCUGAGGAUGAAUCUAAAGAGCUGUCUGAGGAGGAGGAGGAAGAAGUUCAUGUACCUAACAGGGUACCAAACUCAGACUCCAUGCAGUUCUUUGAAGAUGAUGACGAGGAUGAUACUGAAGGUCUUGAUUUGCUGACGGUGAAACAACGGGAUGUUUUUGGUGUGGAAGCUAAAGAUAAUCCAGCACCGACCACGUCAAAAUCAAAGAUGAAGAAAAAAACAACUAAGACCCAAGAAGCCAAAAAAAUCUUGAAGAAGAAAUUUAAAGUUAACACAAAAAUAGUUUUUACUGAAGAAGGAGAGUUAGUGCAGCAGUGGCCACCUGUGCAAAAAUCCAAUUUGGCGCAAGCAGAUGAAGAUGAUGAUGCCAGUGGUAUCAACCUAGAUAAAGCGAAAGAAAUACUGCGUGAAGAAGACAAAUUUGACAAAGAAGAAUACAGGAAGAAAGUAAAGGAAAAACAUAGGGAGAAGAGGCUAAAAGAAAAAGCAGCAAGGAGAGAAGCCAGGAAUAAGAAUGCACAGGCUGAAGAGGAAACAGUGGCCUUUCUUGCUCACAGUGGAAGUGAAGACGAGUUUGAUCCAAGCACUCUCCCAGAUCCUGAUAAAUACAAGGACUCUGAUGUAGAGCAAGAUUCAGAAAGUGAAGACAACUAUAGUGAACUUGAGGAGAAGAUGGGAAGAAAGAAGAGAAGCUAUAACAACAGUACCACAGUGGAAGAAAUGCCACUGAAAAGAAAGAAGAUGCAAUUCAGCCAAGAGGAGGACCCCUGUUUGCCAUUAGACACUGGGCUUUCUCUGGCAGAGGAUGAAGAGCUUGUACUGCAUCUGCUCAACAGUCACAACUAAUUAUUUUUCUGCAGGUUUUCUACUCUGGGACAUUUCCACAAUUUUGUCAGUAGUUUACACAAAAUGAGUUUGGCAUCUGGGCAGCUGGGUACCAGUGAAUGUAGAUAAAUGAGUUCCACGUGCAAUGGGAUUGCCUUAGAUUGGCUCAGAGGUUAUAGGCAACAUUUAGUUUGAUUUACAAGGCUUUCUAAAUGAACUUUUCAACCUAAAUCCCCAGGUAUCAUUUUGCAGUAGCAUGUUCAUAAUUUAAAUCUCCAAGUUUUGAAACAAUUACCUUCUUUUAUUUUCAUCUUGCUUUAAAUGAGAACAGGAUAUUCCUUUUUUGACUAUGCCAGGUUUGUUAUUUUGGAAGAUAUAUGUGUACUAAAAUUUUUAAGGAAGAAAUACUGUUGGCAGCUCAGAUCAUAUUACUUAAAAAUAAAGUAUGUACUUUCUUCUAUGUAUAAGGCAUCUGUUUUAAGAAUAUUUUAAUAAAAAAUUCUAGAGCCUUGAUGUAAACUUAAUGGUGUCUUUCAGCUUUGUUAUGAAAGCAUGUAUUUAUCCGUCAGGUAUAAUUUUUGUUAUGAUUCUGUCGCUGGUGUUAGGCAAUUCAGAAAACAACUUCUAGAAGCUAAAACAGUCUUGUAUUUGAAUCCCAUAUGAAUGAGAACACAUUGUCUCAUAGUUGUAUCUGUUUGGUCUUUCCAUAUGAACAUAUUAAAUACUC